AUGCCACGCUCAACACGUAGCUCGAACGCCGCCAAGAAGAAGGCAUUAGGUGUUAGUAACAGCAGCGAUAGCAAUAGCAACCGGACUGCCUCGUCCAACGACGAUAAGUCUGAUACGCCACGAAAAUCGCUUCGUUCUGCCAAAGUCUCACCUGCUCCCUCGGUCGCUUCCUCAGGAUCUACGGUUUCCAAUACUACAGCUACUCGCUCGCUUCGAAAGCGUGCUCCCCCCUCUCCAGAAAAAACAGCUAUUAGUGACCGUGCGGACUUUAAGAGGCGUCGCGUCUCUGUACCUCCCAGUCCUGAGCCCUCCCCCACUCCCACACCCGCUAAGGGAGCUACUCCCACGGUUCGAAAGCAGAGGGGACCGCAGAAAGAGUCCUCAUCUCCGCGCAUUUCUACUUCGAAACGCGCUAAAGUUGCAUCGCAGGCGCCUGAGCCUGCAAAUCCUGAGCCGCCACCAGCAGCAACGCCAUCGUUGAAACGUCGACGUCAGACGGUGAGAGAACGUGGUAGCGGAGCAGAAGAGGAAGAGGAAGAAGAAGAACACAGUUCUUCCUCCCCUGUUAUCGCCGUUCCCACAGCCAAAAGACGUGGCGCGAAACGCAGUCGAAGGGCACCAAGGAAGACUUUGGCGGAGGCGGAAGAUGCAAAGGCAGCAACACCGAUACCAACCACGGCAGAAAAGGAGGAGGUGAAGAAAGUGGAAAAGGAAGAUCAACAACUGGAAAAGGGAGAAAAGGCUGAAGAGUUGUCUGCUUCAUCGCCACCAAAAUCUCCUAUUACAGAAAUGAAGACGUCAUUGAGCAAGAAGGAGCUGCUGGCCCUACAGCGCAGGCAGUUGCUGCAGCAUCUGGAUCAUUACGACCUUUCUGACCUAACAAGUCUCUCGAGCUUGCUCGCCACAUGGCCGGAGUCGGAGCUACGGGUAGCGGUGACGGUGCCACCUUCGUUACCAAUCAGCGCCUCACAACGUCUUUGGAUCUCGACCGAGGGAUCGCCAAUAUCACGAACCACCCUGAAUGGCGAUAACCAUGAGGCGGACGCUACACCAACAAAAGCGGCGGAGGUGCUAGGUGCAAAGCGCGCGCGUCGUCACUUCUCACCUGUGCCACGCACAGACGCCCGUGGCGGUGGUCCGGGUAGCGGUGGUUUAGGUGAACACGAGGGGGAGAACGCAGAGGAUACUAUGGAGAAGAAUCAGCAUCCACGCCUUCUUGACAUUUUCUGCGUGGCUUCAUUUACACUACCCGCUUGGAAGGACACGGCGGCAGGUGAUGGGGCGCAAUUAGACGAACACGAGCACCUCGUCCGCGACAUCGCGGCUAUCAAUCCGGAUGUCUUUUGCGUCAAACAGGCUCACGCGGACUACGCUGCCUUGUACCUGAGACCUGAGCUCAGCAGGCAGGGCUACCAAUGCUCCGGAGGUACGGUUGGUACGACAACCCCCUUCCAGUCUUUCAUCUUCUUCAGUCGCGAGGUCUUCUCUGAGGUUGCCUUCCAUUGUCGUCCUGUACAGUCCAUGGCACGCAAGUUGGUGAAACACAGCGCCUACGCACAGCUAUGGCGUGACACACUGAACGAAUCGCUCAAAUCGUCCUGUGCCGGCGAUCGCAGUGGCGGUAAUGCAUCAAACGACUCACAAUUACUUGUCUCAGUUCUACGUCACUUGGCCACUGGCUCUCUUCUUCUCGUGGGCUGUCUUACGGAGCAUCUUCACCUUGCGGAGUUUCCCUCUCCACCACUUUCAUCUUCCACCACCGCUGUCGUGUCCACUGCCACCCCCAUCACCGUCCCAUUCGUUGAGUGCGCUGGAGGUGGGGGGAGUGGUACUGGGGGUGGUGGUUGUUGCGCCUCUACCAUCACGGUUUCCUUUGCCGGUUGUCAUUCCUCCCUCGGUGGUUCCCCCUCUGCAAUCUCGGCCCCCACUGAGUGGUGCCCCCCCUCUUUCGAUUCUCGACCCGAUCUGGCGGCUAUCAAUGCCUCCGGGUGUUUAUGGGCAUUGCACGAGAUCUGGCAGGAGGUUCAGGAGUCCGGACAGGCUGGGUCGACGACACCACUUUUGAACGGUUACAGCGGCAAUGGCCGUCCCCUGCCAUCGUCGGCGGUGUCUCCGUCACCGAUGCGUUGGGUGCUUUGUGCCAAUCUGGAGGCGUCGCCAAGCUCUCCAGCAUAUCAGAUCUUUCGUGAUGGCUAUCCCUCAGAUGAGAGCAUUGCACGACUCCGUGCGGUUCGUAAUGUCCACCUGAGAAAUGACUUUCUCGAUGCUACUAGCACAGAGCCUCCCUUCACUCGAUACACUACUGUGACAUCAUCAUCCUCAUCAGCGACAAAGACGACUGUGAUUCCGCGGAAGUGUGUGGACUAUAUCUUUUGCUCGGGUUCAAGUCUCCAUCCCCGCCAGGUCCUGAUACCACCCUGUCGAGCUACGCUGGGAGUCGCGCCCGACUCGGUGGGCCAAAUGCAACAUCGUAUCUGCUCCACUGUUCCCUGUGCUGCAGCCCACGAGACCGCGUUCUCAUUAGCCUCCAAAGUGGGCAUCGUGGCGACUUCGACGGCACCGACGACGGCUUAG